AUGUUUGAACUAACCAGGCAAUUUUUAGUUAAAAUCUUCAUCGACUGGCACGUGAUUUCAGAAGAUCGUUACACGGUGCGAACAAUUCCCAUUUCGAUCAAUAUCAUUUUGUCCAGUUUUGUAUUUCUGCGCCUGUACCUACUGUGUCGCUUCAUGGCAUUGCAUAGCAAGCAGUUUCAAGACGCUGCCACGAGAAGCAUUGCGGCCCUGAAUCGGAUAACAGUAGAUUUUGAUUUCGUACUGAAGACGAUGAUAUCCGAACACCCGAUCAGAGUGUUGCUGCUAUUCACUGGAAUUCUUUGGAUAGUGAUGGCAUGGUUGUUCUGUCAAUGUGAAAGGUACAAUGGGCAAAACGAAGGCUACCUCUUUACGAAUUCAAUAUGGUUCAUCAUCAUCACGUUCUUGUCAGUAGGUUAUGGUGAUGUGACGCCAAGAACCUUCUGUGGCCGAGGAGUCGCUUUAACGACCGGAAUUCUGGGAGCUGGUGUUUCGUCAGCAUUAAUCGCGGUGAUCAGUAGGCACAUGGAAUUGACGCGGGCUGAAAAGCAGGUGAACAAUUUCAUGUCUGAUACAAAGCUUGAGAAGCAGCGUAAAGAUGUGGCUGCAAAAGUACUUCAGUAUCGAUGGUUCAUUCACAAGUACUGCGGUUCUAAGCGAUCGAUAGACAGGGCGAAGCUGCGCAAUUACCAAAGAAAGUUUCUCACUGCAAUUAAUGAAUUCAAGCAUGUGAAGUGGGAACAGCGCAAAACAGCCGAAGAGGGAAAUGCUUUAAUGGACCUGGCAAAAAUGCAGCGAGUAAUGCACGAAAGCUUAUUUGAUGCAAAGAAGCAACAAGAAAGCAUAAUUAACCGACUGGAGGUUUUGAACAAGUCGGUUCAGAAUCUGCAGCAUGCUAUGACGUUGAUGAACAUCAAUUCAUAA